GAUUUUCAAUAGAGCUAAGCAGUAUGCCAAGGAGUAUCAGGAGCAGGAAAAGGAGCUCAUUCAAUUGAAGCGGGAGGCAAAGUUGAAAGGAGGAUUCUAUGUCGACCCAGAAGCUAAGCUCUUGUUCAUCAUUCGGAUUCGAGGAAUCAAUGCCAUGCACCCCAAGACCAGGAAGAUUUUGCAGCUCCUUCGUCUAAGACAGAUAUUCAAUGGUGUCUUUCUUAAAGUUAACAAGGCAACCAUGAACAUGCUUCACAGGGUUGAGCCUUAUGUGACUUACGGCUAUCCCAAUCUCAAGAGUGUAAGAGAACUGAUUUACAAGAGGGGAUAUGGGAAGCUGGACAAGCAGAGAGUUGCAUUGACUGACAAUUCAAUCAUCGAACAGGCUCUUGGUAAGUAUGGCAUUAUCUGCAUGGAAGAUCUUAUCCAUGAGAUUAUGACAGUCGGGCCUCAUUUCAAGGAGGCAAACAAUUUCCUAUGGCCAUUUAAGCUGAAGGCACCACUUGGUGGCCUUAAGAAGAAGAGGAACCAUUAUGUUGAAGGAGGGGAUGCUGGAAACCGCGAGAAUUACCUCAAUGAGCUCAUCAGGAGAAUGAACUAAGUUCGGAGGGUGUCAGUCAAAUUAGUAAAUUGGGUGUUUUAAAUUUUUGUUGGAAGCAUUCUGAUCUUAUUUGUUUUGGAUGUUUUUCUUCUAUUUUUUGGAACUUACAUGCAGUCUUCAAAGAGCUUGGAUAAGGAUAAAUAUUGUGGUUUUGC